AUGAGCGGCUCGUUCAAGGCGAGCAGCAGCCAGAAAGCGUUCCUGUCCCCCACCGACGUGGCGGAGCUCACGGCCGCAGCCGUGGCGGCGCUGCCCAGCACCUUGUCGCAGGCCAAUCUGUCGCUCAAGAAGGCCACGUCCAGCGCCCACCGCGCCGAGAACGGCGACAUCGUGCACCACCACCAGGCCACGCACCGCGGGGGCAACGCCACGCUCGUGACGUCCACGACCACCACGAUCCACCACAUGGGAGGCGCUGGCAAGCCUGGCGUCGCGGCCCCCGCGCAGCCGCCGCAGUUCUCGCUGCACUCGCACGGCCACCACCACCACCACCACCUCUCGCACGGGGCCAGUCUGCUGGCCAACGGCAGUCUCAGCAGCCUGGCCGGCGGCACCCUGGGGGGCAAUGGACUGGAUGGGACCUCCGCGGGCUCGGCCCUCGCGGCCUCGCCCACGUUCCAGGGAGACCUGAACCAGAUUGACGCGGGCCUCAACUCGGAGGACGCAGACGUCCAACUUGAAGCGGCCAAGAAGUUGCGCGUCUUGCUGUCGUCGGAGCGCGAUCUGCUGAUCCGUCAGAUGCUGGAGAAGAACUGGACGCCGCGACUCAUCAAGUGGCUGCGUCUGAGAGACCGACCGACGCUGCAAGUUGAAGCGCUGUGGGCGCUUACGAACAUCGCUGCGGGGGCCACGGACAACACGUCCGUGCUGCUUCAGAAUGGCGUGAUCCCCACUCUCGUGUCCUUGCUGGACUCGACCAAUGAAGAGGUGCUGGAGCAGUCCGUGUGGGUUCUGGGAAACUUGGCCGGCGAAGGCGCUGCGACGAGGGACCUUGUGCUGAGUGCCGGUGCGCUGACGCCGCUGGUGAACAACCUUAAGAAGACCUCGUGGGACCGUCUGUCGCUGCUUCGUAUCUUGACGUGGACGAUCAGCAACCUGUGUGAUGGCCAGCCGCGGCCAGUGUUUGACAUCGGGCUCAUUCUGCCGUACCUGGCUAAGAUGCUUACCAGCACGGACACUGAGAUUCUGAGUCACGUGUGCUGGGCGUUCUCGCACUUGUGCGAUGGGCCGAGCACUCACAUUCAGGCUGUGGUGGACUCCGACGUGUGCUUCCGGCUGGUUGAGCUCCUGAGUCACUCGUCCUGGCGAGUGACGAAGCCAGCCCUUCGCGCGAUUGGGAACAUUGUGUGCGCUGAAGAUGACCACGACUACACGCAGCACAUAAUUGAGUGUGGCGCCGUGCCGUCGCUGCGGAGAUUAAUCGCACACUCGAACCGUGAGAUCCAGAAGGAGGCAUGCUGGACCCUGUCAAACAUCGCCGCCGGUACCGUCGACCAAAUCCAGUGCGUGCUUGACUCUGGCUGCAUUCCUUCGUUGAUGGGACUUGCGGCGUCGGACACGACUGAUGCCGAGGUGAAGAGCGAAGCUUGCUGGGUAGUCCUUAACGCCACGUCGUGCGGUUCGGAUAGUCAGAUCGAGUAUCUCGUGAAUCAGGGCUGUAUUCAGAUUCUAGGCAAUCUCCUGGAGGAGACAAGCAUGGUAAUGAUGGCGCUAGAAGGCUUGGAACGCAUUCUUCAGGUCGGGGAGCUGGAGGCGAAGCGUACGGACUCCCCCAAUCCGUACGCAAGCCUCAUGGCUUCCGCGAACAUAGAGACCUUGGUAUCACACAAGUCGGCUACGGUGGCGAAGCGGGCGUCGCGCAUCUGGCAGCAGCACUUCGUUACGUGUGCUAUCUGCCUUGGACCGUUCUCGAAACACUCGAACGACACAUUCUUCUGCGCGGAGUGCAAGUGUAACGUGUGCAAGAACUGCGACUGCACGGUAUUCCACCUCAAGUAUCAGGAGAGCCUUUGGAAGGAGGAGACGGAGAAGGAGACAAACGAGAAGCAGGCACGCCAGGCUUCGAAGCGUAGCAAGCGUCAAAAGAAGCGGCAGCGUACCAAGGAGCGCAAGGCGGCGCUCCUCCGCGGUCAGAAGGCGGCUCCGAGCAACGGGAAGGGAUCAAAGCAGAACCAGCAACAAAAGGGCCAGCAGCAGGAUAACUCGUCGUCGGAUGAGGCUUCGUCGACAAAGUCCGGAGGCGGUGGAGGGGGAGGAAAUAGGCGUCGACGGCAUGAUGCAGACGACUCCGCCUCGGAGAACGGCUCAACCGGAUCGAACGAAGAGGAGGAAGACGGCGGCGCGACCACCCCUGGCGAUGAAGAGGAGGCCACGCUGGAAGAUGAGGUCAAUGUCGACGUGCUGGACGAGAUGGUGAAUGCUAACGACAAACUCGUGUCGUACUUGCUGGAGACCGGAUCCAUCAUGGCGCUUGCUGAGCGUCUGGACCUGGAGGACGACAGCACGUGGCUCGUGGCGGAAAAGGAUAGAACUGCUAUCCACGCGUAA